UUGACUCUUUUGGCCCCGUGCGGCGCCCGUCGUCGUCUGCCUGAACAGUACCCGCGAAAAGCCGAAAUUGGGCUAGAGCGCCUUCGCGCUCUCUCGGCCUUCCUUCGCUCCCAACAAAAGCCAGAUUUCUGCCAGAGAUUUGCGGCCGCAUUAUCUGAGAUGCUGGUAAUGGCCUGAAUGUGCAACAGUGGUAAACAGAGGAAUCUGUAUGCUCAAGGCCACAUUUCAGAAAAUCGCUGCAUUGGAACAAAAGUCCAUCUAAUCCAGCGCUCUGUAUCUUGCAACGGUCAGCCAGAUGCCUUCUGGAGGCUCACCAGCAGGACAUGAGACCCAUCCAUCUGUCCCUCUGUCGCCAACCCCCAGCAACAGAAAGAUGUGUUCCCUAGCACUCUUUCCACCUCCACCUCCUCCAGGAGACAUCACCCUUUAUGAAUUCAACAAUGCCCUGGUUUUUGGCCAUAGCUAUGAGAAGCUUCCACUUACUUUCCAAAGUCAGAUGGAAAGUCUUCCCACCCCCAUCCUUCCCAAAGAAAAUCUGAAAGCUUUCAGUCGCCUGGAACACAGCACGAAGCCGGCCUUCAUUCAUCACCGGGAGUCACUCUGGAAGAGGUGCAUCAGAGCCUGGCGUGAUAUUGGAGUGGCUGGUGUGCUUGAAGAACUUGCAAACGCAGAAGAGGAAGAGGAUUCAGACCAGGGAACGAAUCGGCAGUCUUGGGUGGAAUCCUCAAAGGAGCUAGCUCUGCAAUGGAUGAAAUCUGGAUCUCGAUGUGCAUUAGCCCUCUGCUGUUGGAUAUCCUCCCUCCAUGGCUCCUUCUUUCCCCAUUUGUCGCUGCCAAGCGAAGAUAUAAUAGCCAAAUUCUCCCAGGCUGUGGAUUGGGUAGGCUGCUCAAUCCGCGCUUUUGCAUGGCAUCCUCAUACCAACAAAUUUGCAGUGGCCCUUCUGGAUGACUCCAUCCAUGUUUACAAUACCAACAGUACUAUAGUUCCAAUCCUGAAGCAUCGUUUGCAAAGAAAUGUGGCUUUGAUGGCCUGGAAGCCACUGUGUGCAUCCAUUCUGGCAGUGGGGUGCCAUAGCUGUGUGUUGAUCUGGCACCUGGAUCCCACUUCCCUCUCUACCAGGCCUUCCUCUGGCUGUGCUCAAGUGCUCAGCCAUCCUGGCCACAGUCCCAUCACCAGCCUGGCCUGGGCUCCCAGCGGAGGAUUGCUUCUGUCAGCCUCACCUGUUGAUACAGCCAUGCUUGUGUGGGACGUUUCCACCGAAAACUGUAUCCAGUUGCAGUGGUUUGGAGGAGGCGGGGUCACGUACCUGGCUUGGUCACCUGAUGGCAGCAAGGUGCUAGCAGCGACACCUUCGGCAGUCUUCAGAGUGUGGGAGGUUCAGAUGUGGACGUACGAGAAAUGGCCGACUCUCAAAGGCCCUUGUCGGACUGCUUGCUGGAGUCCAGAUGGCAGCCGUUUGCUGUUCACUGUCCAGGGGGAAUCUGUGAUCUAUUCCUUAUCUUUCUUGGAAUAUAGUGGAGAGCAGCAAAGGCAGGUCGGUGGGUCUAAAACAGCUUCCAUUGUGGCAGAUCUUUCAGAGACCACGUUCGAGACUCUCUAUGGGGAGGAGAGGAUUGGAGGGGAAGUGCAGUCCAUGGUUUGGGAUCCAAGCGGCGAGAGGCUUGCAGUGGUCAUUCAAGGGAAUUUGGAUGCCUCCAAGACUAUCACUGCAGUGUUUCGGACUCGCAAUAACCCUGUGUUUGAACUUCUGCCCUGUGGUUUCUUACAGGGUGAAGAUGGGGUUCAGCCACAGCUGGUCACUUUUCAUCCUUGCUUUAAGAAGGGAGCCCUUCUAACUGUGUGCUGGUCAAACGGAAGUAUCAGCCACGUGCCUUUCUUCUUUGUGACUGCUCAGUUUCCUUCGUUUAGUUCUGGGCAAAGUCCUCUCGCGCCCUUGGCCAGCUGGAGCAACACCCGGGAGCAGCCACUGUUUUCAGAACUCUGAAGGGUCAACUCUGCUAGGACUUCGCUCUGCAGGGCUCCCAACGUCUGUCUCCAUCAGCCUGGGGAGACCUGGGACUGAGAUUUGAUUUUGUAUGUGUUUCCUCCAUGAGCUGGACGUGGAUUAUAUGGUCUGCGGUAGAAACUGGACCUGAGGAAUGCCUGCCUGCUUUCCUGAAAUGGACGAUGUUGUAGUUGUAUUUAGGGCAAAUAAAAAAAAAUUAAACACAUCAGUUCCAA